AUGCGGCAGCGAUGGCGAACUUGGCUAAUAUUUCAGGUGACGCAUCCAUGCAAAGAGAGUCUAUGAAAUUGUACGGGAGAGCUUUGAAGUCGGUCAGCACUGCCCUGAUGCACCCAAAGGCCUUCAAGUCAGACAUACUGCUGAUUGCGAUUACCCUUCUUCAAAAGCAUGAAGUAAGUCCUUUGCUGUCCUUUGGGUCCUAGAGUUAAUGGGAUUCAGACAUUUAGCGGCAGUGAAAGAGACUCCAGGGGAAUACAUGAACGGGGACUAGUGCAUCUGAUCCGCAUGCGUCGAAGUGACCCGCAAGCAGAUCCGAUAGAAGACUCUUUAGCGAGGUCCAUCUACUUCAGAACACAGAUCAGAGAGUUGAGCGGUGAACCGCCUUAUCUCCCCAGGACUUCCGAAGAAAUCUAUCAUCUCAGCUCCCAUGAGAUCGAAAACCAGCUUUGGCAAUUACUCAAUGAAACCGCCAAGGUCACAGCGGCGACACAUAUUCUACUGUCCGCACUGGUCAAUGGGCAGCUGACGGAUCGUGAGUGUGUCCAAGACCUUCUCCGUAAAGGCCUGAACACGCGAAGCGAUCUUAUGGCCUGGAUAGAUUCUACACCUGAAGGCUGGAAGUUCGUUGUUGUCCCAAACAUCAACCUCAACAACGUAGAUCAGCGAGGCUCUGUAUUUCCCGUUGUGCCCAAACUCAUAUCUUUUAAGGAUCAAAACCACGCAGGCAUAUGGAUGGGGUGGUGGCUAGCUCGCAUUCAAUUAGCUCAAAGGCUACUCGAGAUCAUUCGCUGUCUGCCACAAUCAAGAGCAGAUUACCCUUUACAGGCCACGAAAGAGCUCUUGCAAGCAGACAUUUGUUCCAUCGUCAAUUUGAUCUGUGCAAGCACUCCGUUUCUCCUUGGAGAUGUAGAUCAGCAAGGCUACCCAAGUCAACUUAAUAAGUACCACCUCGCUUGUCCUGGUCUAGCAGCGUACUAUCUAGCUCACGGAAUGAGCAUUUCCAAUCAGAUGCCCGGUUUGAAUCCGGAUGUCCGACGUUUCAUCCUCGAUACAUUGUUCCGAGUGGGCCAUUCGAAAGGCAUCAACCAUGCUUUAUCGUCACGGAACGAUUGGCUUGAAGAUCAUCCGGAGUACGAUCACAGUCAACUACGCACGGGUUGAGAAUAGAUAUGCCUUAUUGCAAAGAAGUAGAGACAAGAUCUCAUGUCAGGA